AUGCAAACCUAUAAAGUAGUUGUUUUGGGCGCAAGUGGUACUGGUAAGACUUCAUUAACUGUUAGAUUUGUCAAUGGUGAUUUCGUUGAGACAUAUGAUCCAACAAUUGAAGAUUUAUAUAGAAAAGUAAUUGAAACUAAUAAAGGUGAACAUAUUAUGUUAGAAAUUAUGGAUACAUCUGGUACAGAAAGAUAUUUGGCAAUGAGAGAUUUAUAUAUAAGAAAUGCCCAAGCUUUUGUAUUGGUUUAUUCAAUUACAUCACGUGUUAGUUUAUUAGAACUUGAAAAUAUUAAAAAUUAUAUUUGCCAAGUUAAAGAUAGACCAAUUUCACAAAUUCCAAUGGUUGUUUUGGGUAAUAAAUGUGAUUUAGAAGAUACACGUGUUGUUUUUCCAGAAGAAGUUGAAGCAUUGACUAAAAAGUGGGGUAUUGAAGAUUUCUUGGAAACAUCAGCCAAAAUAGAUAUGAACAUCCAAAGUGCCUAUGAUUGUCUAACACUUCAAUUAAUGUCAAAACAAUCAUUUUUAAAUGGAUCAUCCAAUGGAAAAGAUAAAAAAGAUAAAAAAGAAAAGAAAACUCAUAAAAAAGAUUCUGGCUCCAAUAACUCUUCAAUUAAUAGUAGUAGCUCCUCUUUAUCAGUUUCUGGUGGUUCAAAUUUAAGUAUCAGUAGUAGUUGUAGUUCAAGUUCAUUUUCUAAUCUAAGUAACUCUACAAGUUCCACUAGUGUAAACAAUUUAAAUCAAUCACAAACCAAUGCUCCAAUUAGAACUAAAUCUAAAAGAUCCUUAAAAUCUGCCAAGGUUGACAAAAAUCCAAAAGGAAAAUGUUUAAUCAUGUAA